AUGCUGGGACUAGGGGGGAUUCGACCAACCAAUUUUACCACCUCAUCGAGUAUCACCGAAGUUAACAACACCUUGAACCAAACUUGGGUCUUUCGGGUGUACACGCGAGCGACCUUCAAUGCAACCUCGACGGAUUAUAUAACAGUAGACACCAAUGGUCAAGUUGCACAAAGUCUACCCAAUCUUAAGGCCGACCCAACGUUUGACCAGUUACUUGAUGCGGCGCGGCAGUCGACGUUUAGAGUUGGCAUCCAACGGGAUCUCGAUAUGAUUGCCGGACCGUAUGCGGCAGUUCAGCCGCUGACGACAGAUUUUCAUCCUACCGCACCCUUCUACAGCGAGCAGUUCAAUUUCUUUUACAAGAAGCCAACCCUCUCUGCAUCCAGGCAAAUCUUCCAGUUUGUGGUCGCAUUCGACGGCGCGGUGUGGGUUCUGAUAUUUGUGGCCGCGGUGGUGGUUGCUGCGGUCCUGACCCUUGCGCACUACCUAAGUCCCAACCGACUCGACUAUAGCAUCUUUCCCUCACUGAUGUUCACCUUUGCAUAUCUGUUUCAGGGCAUAAAAACGAGAACACCAAAUCGUCUCUCAAGUCAAAUUGUUGUGGUCGUGUGGUGGUUCUUCUGCCUCAUCUUCAUCGGUUGUUUCGUAUCCAACUAUGCCGCUUACAUAUCCUUCACCGCCCUAACCACCCUUCCAAACGACCCACCUUCCCUGCUACAGCAAAAGGAAUACAGUUAUGGUUUCAUUAAGGGCUCAACGACGGAAUACUUCCUCUCGACGUCUACAGACAAGGAUCUGCGGGCCAUUUACGACACCGUCAUUGAACAAUAUCCACAAAACGUCGUACCCAAUCGAACAGUCGGCGUCGAAAAAGUGACCGAGGUCAGUUAG